AUGCUCGCCUCCCCACUCUCCUUCCUCCUUCUUCUCGCGGCGCCCGUUGCGCUUGCCAACCCCGUUCCCAACCCCAACGCCAACGCCAACGCCGAUGCCAACGCCGACCCAUGGUUCUGGCCUGAGCCCACCCCUACCCCCGUUUGUGGCACUGUCACCUCGACCUGCUACGCUACUAAGACCGUUCCCGGACCAAAUGCCGCCACCGUGACCUCUACCUGCGGCGACUGGUGCUACUCUACCAUUACCAGGACCCUUGACAAGGUCAUCUGCCAGACCACCACCGUGACCUCCACCAAGACGGCCACCCCCACUGUCAUCGUCACUGCCCCCCCCACCAAGACAGUCACCCAGACCGCCUGUGUCGCGACCAAGACGGUCUGCGCCAAUAAGUGGAAGAAGGACGAGAUCCCCGACGAGCUCACCAACGCUGAGCGUCUCCAGUACGGCCUCCCUCCUCGCGGCCCCGGAGAGAAGCGCAAGCGCACCUUCUGGGGCGGCGGCGGCGGCAACAACGGCCCCUCGUGCACCCCCACCACUGUCGUCACCACCGCCACCUCCACCAAGACUGUUCCCGGCACCGUCACUGUCACCACCACGAGCUGCUACCUCACCAAGACGUCCACGGCGUACAACACCAAGACGACGACUGCCACGGCCACCUGCUUUACCACCGUCAAGGGCCCCGCCGUCACCAAAACUGUCGCAUGUGCUACCGCCACCACCACGACGCUCCGCACCACCGCGACCGUCACCAAGAACUGCUACUGGUAG